CGUAAUCGGCGAUGCAAACAACAGUAAUCUGUCACUUGAUCGAACUCAUGUAAUGACGCCACCGCGAAAUGUGCGCUGCGUACGCGCGUAACCGGGGUGUGGAUCGACGUCGGCAUCAAAGAAGCUCUCGGACUGUCAGCCGGAUUGAUUACGUUUGCGCGUUGUAAUCUGACAUUUACAAGAAAAACUGAUGUGUUCCAUUCAUCUUCUGUGGGAUGCGCACGUAGCUUCGCGGCCGUUGUUUAUCUCGGUGACCCUUCCUACAUCGGCGACUCCUAUCAUGUUACGCGCUAACACGAACGAUGCUCCAAUUUUUUAAGAAGAUUGGACAGAAAGAUAAGUCCGGAUUGUUAGAAAACUCACCUACAAAAUCGACAAGUUCAGGAAAUCUCGCAUUAGAUGUAUUCAAUGGCGACGCAUCCAUUCAAACGUCGUCGAGUACAUUGUGCAGUCUCGAGGAGGAAGCAGAGGAAGAAAUUCUCAACAAUGACAUUAAAGAGACAUACUCUUUCAGCUCUCGUUUGUCUAAAGCCCUCCCGGAAGUACUUACGGACAAGAGUGCCCUUGGUUAUUUCAUUCAAUUUAUGGACACUAGAAAACGCGUAGCUCUCAUAAAGUUUUGGCUAGAGGUGGAAUGCUUGUGCAGCGCAUCUGGCAUGCCCAGUUGUGCAGAGAAGGCCAGAUGCUCGAAUCAAAAGGAACUGUUAGAUGCUUUGCCUACUUCUUUAGAUAAUAAUGAGAAUCUCAGUUGCAACAUACUCUCUAAUGAUGUAGAUAUUCAAACAAGCAAAAUACCAUGUGAUGAGAACACGAGUAGCAGUAGUAUGACAUCCAUUUUAAGUGGUAUGCCAAAGACUAGUCAGAUGGUAAAUGAAACGCGACAAUCAAACCACGAUUGUGGAAAUAAGAGACACGACAUGACAACAAGCAAACAGGAUGCUCUAAGGAUUUACAAGAAGUAUAUUAUUAAGGAAACUCUAGGUAUAAAUCAAAUAUCUGAAGAAUUAAAGCUAGACAUGGAGAAAGCUGUUACACAGGAGAACAUUGAGCCUAUAUUACGGUGCCUAUCUGCUGUUCAAAGCAUAGUAUACGAUAUAUUAGAAAACGAAUAUAUUAACGAUUUUUUACGAAGCGAAUUUCAUUGUAAGCACCAAAUUGACGUGCUCACCAGUGGCAAUGUACAGUUAGCAGAUAUAUUAUAUGAUGAGACCGCAUUCUUUUAUUUCAUGGAGUUUAUGGAAGUCGAGAAUAAGCGAGAGUUGUUGGACUUUUGGAUGUCGGUAAUCAGUUACAAACAGAAUCUCUUAGACAAGAAAGGUGCAAUCGAUCCCGAAGAGGCUCAAUCCGAUGCCGUUAUCAUUUAUGAGAAGUAUUUCAGCUUACAAGCAACGAUGCCCCUUGGAUUUAGCGAUAAGAUCCGCUUUCACGUAGAACAAAAUAUUUGCCGCGAGGACGAGAGCGGACCACAACCUGAUUGUUUCGAUAAACCCAACAAAAUUGUAUAUAAUUUUCUCAACAAGCAUUAUCUCCCGGCCUUCUUAUCGUCGCAGCUGUAUUAUAAAUACUUAUCAGAGUUAAUCAGUACUAUUCAGAGCAGUCCAUGUCCGAGUCUACAUGCCAAGAUAAAGAGAACAGGUUCAGAUUGUAGCAGUGAAGUGAGCUCUGUGUGUACUAGUAUGCCAAGUACUUCUCAACUAGGAAAUUAUGGCAACAGAUUACCUGAUAAUAAAAAAAAUAUUAACAAUCAUCUGAAUAUCGAUACCAGGCAACUUUACGAUCCAGAUUCCCUGUGGAAACGUAAUAAAUAUAGAUUGAGUAUUGGUUACAUUGACAACUUAGGUAGAUUUAUCACAGAAAUAGAACCAGAUCCUCAUAGAAAAUAUGAAUCUCGCCUAACGCGUGCUGUAAAACGACUUGUAAAUAUAGAACAGGAUAAUGCUAAAGAAGAGUUAGCGUGGAGGAUUGCUGAGAUGAUUGUUUGUGAAAUCACAUCUUUGACACUUGGAGCUACAAAUCUUCCCUCUUGAUGGUGUAAAUUUAACAGAACAAUCUUAAAGCUUAAGUUCUCCCUAAAUAUAUUUUCUACUUAGUGUAUUUGUAUGAGCAAGAUGCCCUUUUUCUUUCUCUAUUUUAUUUUGAAACAUUAACGCAAUGAUGCUGCAAUCUUCGCCAAAGUGCCAAACGAAUUGUCAAUAUAAGUGAAAGAUUUUAUUAAUCAUCUUGUAACAUAUACAACAGAUAUUUUAAGAACAAGAGGUACAGAUAAAAUUGGAUAAAUAUUUCUGUAUCUUCUUAUUUUAUACUUUUAUAUUUCAAGAUUGUUACCAGGUUACAUAUUUUAUGUAAUUAAUGAAACUUUUCAAUCAAUAAUUUAAUAUUGCCAUUCAGGCAAUUAUAGUAGAUAUUGUAUAUAAGUUGUGCUAUUAUUCCAAUGAGAAAACAUCAAAACACGUAAUUACUUUUUUUUGUUGUGAAUUUAUAAUAAAUUUUAAUGAUCUAAUAAGAAAUUAAAGUAAUAAGUAUUUUACUAUCUUUGAAAUUUACUGCAUAAAAAUAUUUGAUAAAAUUCUUAUGAAGCAGCAUGACUUUCAACAUUUUUCAUGAUCUUUAAGAGGUCUUCCUAUUCUUUUAAUUUAUUACAAAAUACUCUAUGUGCAAGAAAACAAUAAUUUGACGAAUUUGCAAUUCCUCCGUUUAGUCAUUACCAGCUAUAACGCCGGAGACGAGAAAAUAUAGAAAAGCGAUAUUUCUUUUUUUUUUUUUAGCAGAAUCGGCCUGACUCAAGAAGAACAAAUUAUUAGUAUUCAUACAAGAUUCUUAUAUACACGUGUAUACAGAUUGAUUUUGUCCAUCAAUUGUUUUUCUUUAUUUUAAGCUAGCCGUUAUGGUCUUAAUCAUUUAAGAUUUGUCGUAGAUAAACGAUGAUUGAUAACAUUUGCUUGUUAUUUUUCUCGCUUCUGGCGCAAUAAUUAAUCUCAUGAUGGCUAAUGUAGAUAUCGGCGAAUUCUUAAAGUAUAAGAUUUUGUACUUUUUUCAUUGCCGAUUUGUAUGACAAUUAUAUUUGACGUUAAAGUAGGAUAACGUAUAUGAUAUGUAUAUACAAUGAUGUGUAUGUGUGACCGCCGUUGAUCGUGAUAUUAUAAUAUAGAAAAAAGUAUAUUUUAAUAGUAGUUAGCACAUAACACAUAAUAUUUAAGUACAAAAUGUUAUUAUAAUAAUGAAACUCCUAUUAUAUGCUCUACCUGCAUA